AUGAAGCUGGAAGCCGCCGCGGCGGUGCUCGGGGUGGCCGUCGACGCCGACCCGGAGACGCUCAAGGCGGCCUACCGGCGGCUGGCGUUGAGAUGGCACCCGGACAAGUGCAAGGAGGCCGACGCUAAAGAACGCUUCCAGGAGGUGUCCGUGGCGUACACGCGGCUCGUAUCUGGGGAAUCCGGCCGGGAUCAUGACGGCGACGGGAGCGAGCGUUUCUAUGACGACGUUGACGAGAUGCGAGCCUUCAUGUCCAUGUUCAUGGAGCUAGUGGGAAUGUUCGGCAGCGACAUCCCCAGCAUGCCGAACGGCUGCGGCCCCGGAUGCAAGGGAGGGCACGUGCAGAUGCCCCCAGGGAUGCCGCCAGACAUGGCAGAUAUGCCCAGCGCUAGCGUGGCGUUCAGCAUGAUGUUCGGCGAGAGGCCACAAGAGGAGACCUGGAGCAGCGAGGAGGAAGAUGGGGAGGGCCGAGAGGAAGACUACGACCACGACGAGGAAGAGUUUGACCUGGAUGAAGCCGCCGCCGCCGCGGAGGCGUUCAAGGCCGGGGCCGCGGGGGCCGGGGGCCCCGCCGCGGCGGGCGGAGAGUGCCUGUGGGAGCCGAUGGUCCGCCACUACUUUCACAUGAACCUCAAGGAGGAGGUUGAGCAGCAGCGGGCGGCGGGGCUAGGCGGCGCAAGCGGGGGUACAAGCGAGGCGGUCCAGCUCGAAGAUGAGGCGUUACGGCAAGCGCGAGCCCUGAAAAAGCGGCAAGAUAAGAAGCGGCGGCAGAGGGAGAAGAAGCAGCAGCAGAGGGCGUCUGCUGCUAAGGAGGCGGCGGACCAGAGGGAUGCGCAGCAGGAUGAGGGGAAGAAGGACGAGGACACUAGCGUGGCCGACAAGCGGAAGGAGGUUGUUCGAUUGAAGAGGAAGGCCGAGGAGGAGAGAAGAGUGGGACUCUUCACGGCGUGUAGGGCGGGCUUUGUGGAGGAGGUGCGACUGAUGCUCGGGACCGGGCUUAUCCGGUGCACGGAGCGAGAGCGAGAGAACGGGUCGUCGGGAGCGUCGCUGCUUCACUCGUGCGUGACAGACUUCGCUGGCAGCCCGGACAACGCUCCUCAGCUCAAGGAGCUGGCAAUCGAUCGCCUCAGCAUCGCGGCGAUGAUCUUGGCCAGCACUGAUCCUGCCGUGGACGCAGGGUGGGUCGACUCGGUGGGGCUGACGGUCCUUCACAGGGUCGCGGAGGCCCUAGACCUUCCUUACCUUGCGCUCUUGCUGGAGGAGAGGCAGAAGUCGCAAGAGCGACGCGAUCAGAUUCUGUUGGACGAGAGGUGCCUCCUCAAGGGCUGGACGCCGCUGCACUACGCCGCGGCAGAAGGAAGCCCGGUGGGCGUGUCCACGCUCCUCACCGCGGGCGCGAGCGUCAGCGUCCGCGGCGCCGUUCUCGACGGCAUCGAACCCAGCUCGUCCAACGGCGCAGGCGGGGGUGGCGGGGCGGGCGGAGGGGAUGGCGGCACCGCGCUGCAGCUGGCGAGGGCCCUGCUGUCGAAGGAGGGAGCGGGGCCCCGCAAGAAGGGGCUGCAGGAGGUCGCGAGGCAGCUGAGUGCUGCCACGCAGGCGGUGGAGCGGGCGAAGGAGCAACGAGAGCGGAAAGAACGAGAGGCGAAGCUGGCGAAGAAAAGGUCCGAAGUGCAGAAGGAGAAGAAGAAGGAAGCCAGGGAGAGAGAGCUGCUCUCCCGGAAGCAGCGCCAACUCAAGGAUAAGCAGGAGAGGCUGGAGCGCGAGGAGAGGCAGGAGGAGGAGAGGAAGGGCCGCAAGGAGGAUCAGGGAAAGGCAGAGGAGGGCAAGACCAAGAAGGGCAAGAAGGCCAAGAAGAAGAAGAACAGCAACAACAAGACAGGCGACGAGGACAGCGUCGCCGACAGAGGCUUGGCUGCCAAUGGAGGCGCGGAAGGCGCUCCUACGGGGAAGGAUACGGGGGAUGGCGCGCCGGUGGCGGUGGUGGCGGCGGCGUCUUCAUCGCGUCCGCGUGCGGCGGCGGCGGCGGCGGCUAGAGCGGGGAACGCCUCUCCCGCCGCGCCCGCGGUUUCGGAAAGCGCGCACGAGUCUUCGAUGUCGAGAGAUGAUCUCCUCGCCCAGUUGAUAGCAAUGGGUUUCCAGGAGGAGCACGUCCACAGAGGCACGUCGUGCGUGGGCUUCGACCUGAACGCGCUUUUGUCGUGGCUGUUCGAGCACCCCGACGGCGGGGUCACCCCGGCGGAACAGGCCAGCGCCGCAGCCAGCAAGGCGUCCGCAGCAAACGCCCGGCGCAAGGGCCCCGCUUCCAAGGCCAAGGCCACCAAGGUCGACGCCGGCAAGGGCAACUCUGGGGUAAUCUCUUCCGCCCUCCGCAACCACGGCCACGGCGCGUUGGCUGGCAUCGCAGUGUCCGGCGGCGUCGGGGGCCCCGGGGGCGCGGGGUGGGGGGGGGCGGGGGUGGUCCCAGGGUCGGGAAAGGAUGGCGGCGGUGGCGGGGGGGUUGGGGUAGGCGGGGGUCCGGCGACCGUUGCUGCAGCGGCCGCGAAGGCGGAGGAGAAGAGGCGGCACAACCUCGAGCUGCGGCGCAUAAACCGGGCGUGGAACGCGUCGCUGCCGCUGAGGCGGGCGGAAGAAGAGGAGAAGAAAGCGGCGGAGACGGCGAGGGAGAAGGAGAUCGAGGAUGCCAAGGACGAGAAGCGCAAACUCAUGGAAUCCCAGAGCCUCAGCGGGAGGGUCGUCAGGUCCAGUACGAUUUUUUGUCUCCGAGACCACCAAAAUCGAUUGGACGGGGUCGCGCGGACGGAGCUGGUGCUGGGCCGCGGCGGUGGCGGCGAUGGCAGCUCGCCAGGUGCAGCAGACGCCGCCCAUCAAACCCAUGCAGCAGGCGGGGGGGCCGCCGCCGCUGCCGAGCGCGUUCCCGCUCCUCGGAGGGGUGGGGGGUCUGGUACCGAGCAACAAGGUAGUGCCUCGCUCGCCGAACCCGCCGCCGCCUGGCAGGGGGGGGCUUGCCAACGCGAAGCUGACGCCGCAGGGCUUGCCACAGGGGGCUAACCAGCGAGGGGGAGGGGGAGGGAUUGCGAACCCGGGCGCUCGGGGCCA